AUGAAUUUAGAUUCCAUUCAUCGGUUGAUUGCAGAAGCAGAAAUCUUCCAGAUGCAGCGAUCAUCCCUGAAGGCACCUUUUGACACAGCAGUCCCUGCCUCGCCCCUCAGGGAGACUUGUCCUUCUCAUAUGCCACCUUCUGGGCUACAGUCUCAUACCCCCCAAAUUGCCUGUGUUCGAUCACACCCCAGUGAAUGGGACUUUAGUGAGGAGCUUCGUCUGAGGGAACUUGAAGAAGCCAAGGCCAGAGCUGCUCUGAUGGAGAAGACCAUGAGGUGGUGGUCAGACUGCACUGCCAACUGGAGAGAAAAAUGGAGCAAAGUUCGAGCAGAAAGGAACAGUGCCAAGGAGGAAGGGAGACAGCUCAGACUUAAGUUAGAGAUGACCAUGAAAGAAUUAAGUGCACUGAAAAAGAAACAGAGAUUGUCCCAUGAGAAAGACAUGUUAGAAGUUCAAGUUACCCAGGACUUAAAAUGUCCUACUUCCUCAGAAACCUUUUAUGUACUUAAAGACCAAUAUCAACUUGGUUCUCAAACAAGAGAGUAUUUGGAAAUAAAUGAAUCUUCUAUAAAGGAGAACACAAAUAGUAAGGAAGAAGGUGUGAUUAUUAAUCCAUUAAGAUCAGAUGAGAAUAUGAAGCUCAGUCUUGGUUGUUCUGAUGUAUUUAAACAUUGUAGCCCUGGAAACUCUUCAGUGAAGUCUGAACUAAGACUGCAAACAAUAAAUUUGCCUUUGGAGAUCGAAGUACCUGAAAUGUCUACUGUGCAGGGGGCUUUGGAUGAGUUUAAGAAAAUCUUAGGGAAGGAAAGAGAAAUGCGCUCAUCGUUGGAAAAGGAACUAGAGCAGUUGGAGUCCGCCUUGUCCGUUUGGAAAUGGAAGUAUGAAGAACUGAGAGAACGGAAGGCAACACAUCUGAAAGAGGUUAACAUUUUUCAUGGUCAACAAGAGAAUGAAGUGGAAGGACUAUCAGGAGAUGUAAAGGAGGGAUCAAAAUGUCAGAGCAGCCAGGAGAGAGAAAUCUGUGAGCUGAGAGCAGAGUUAGAGAGAUUGCAGGCUGAAAAUACCUUGGAGCGGAGCCAGCGGGAAAUACUUGAAACAGAAAGGCAAGAACUGGAGAAAGAAAACAGAAGGCUAAAGGUCCAGGUGAGAAAAAUGGAAGAACUAUUGGACAGGAGAAAUAAAUUAAGCACAAGCUCUCAAGGUCCUGUCUUGAAGACAUCACAAAUUGAACUGCAGGAAAAAAACAAGGCUGCUGCUGAGCCGCCUGAAACUUUGCGCACUUCCAAAUCUCAAGAAGUCUUGAGUUACAUAAUGCCUGCUCAGUCAACAUCUAAUCAUUCCUAA